AUGGCUAGAGAAGUGGACACACAGUUGGCCUCAUCUCAUAUCUAUCCGAUUGACGUGAGCUAUACUAUUGCUGUCAAAUCUGUCGGUGGAGUGAGUGAUGAUUAUAAGAACCAAUCGUUUAAACUGAUUGAAUGGAAUCCAGAGAAUAGUGUCUUUCCGACUGAAAUCAAUUCCUCUAAUUUUAUUCUUCUGAAAGACUCAAACGAUUUAUGGGAUAUUGAUUUAGACACACAAUUGCAGGACAUGUUUGAUGUGAUUUCGGACAAAGGAUUUUUGCUUUCAGUCUUUAGAUACCAAUUGACAGAACCAGAGCUCGCAUUGAAUCAAAUGAAUGGCAAAAAAGCUCUGAAGAACGCGGACUUAGAGAAACGAAUUGUCGAUUUCGUAAAAGCCGCUCAAAGUGUGGGCUUUAAUCUUAUCGCACGUAAAUUGGAUUCAAUUGGUUCGGUGGCCAUACUCUUCAGGAAACUCUUUUCUGAGCCCAAACUUCCGAAAAAAGAGAAUAUAAUACAAAUCUCGAGUAAUCCCGAGAAAUGGUUCGAAACAUUAAAAGAGAAAAUUGUUGAACAGAAGGAAAAUGAGUCAACCGAUGAGAGUCUUUGGCUCAUAGCAAACGACUCCUCCAAGAAUGGUAUCAUUGGUCUCAUUAAUUGUUUGCGUUUAGAGCCGGGAGGAGAGUGUCUGAGAUGUGUCUUCGAUUACGAUAACCUCAUCAAAGGUUCCGUGAAGUUCACUGAAAAGCCGUAUUCAGACAUUUUGUCCAACGAUUUGCCUAUAAAUGUGCUGAAGAACGGAAAAGUCGGUACUUAUAGACACUUCACUCUAAACAAAGACUACGACAAAAAAGAGUCAAACGACUACUUCUUGAAUGUCGGCCAUAACAGAGACUUAGCAUCUCUUCAAUGGUAUGACUCGAAGAAUUUAGUCACAAGUAAAGACGAUUACGAUUUGAUAAACAACAAAACCAACAAAAUUCCGUGCAAUAUAUAUAGCGCUGGAAUGAACUUCAGAGAUGUCAUGUUUGCAACUGGUCGAAUCGCUUCGGGACCACAAAUGCUAUUCACUGAUUGUUUGAUUGGUUUUGAGUUCGCCGGCCGUCGGGCCGACACUGGAGAGCGAGUUUGCGGUUUCGAUAUGAGUCGAUGUUAUGCCACUUCUAUUGACGCAAACGAUGAGUUAAUUUCCAGAAUCCCCGACAACUGGUCGAUGGACGACGCGGUGUCUGUAUUGAGUACUUACAGUACUGUAUGGUAUGGUCUCAUAGAGAGAGCACAUAUGCAAAAAGGCGAAUCAAUUUUGAUUCAUUCUGGAGCGGGAGGUGUGGGUCAGGCGGCGAUCAGUAUUUGUCAGUUCUAUGAAUGCGAUAUUUAUGUGACGAUUGGAACCGAAGAUAAGAAAAAGUUUUUGAUGAAUACCUAUAAUAUUCCGGAGAACAGAAUAUUCAGUUCGAGAAACACUCAGUUUAAGUACAAAAUCAAAGAGAUUACGAAAGGAAAGGGAGUCGAUAUGGUUCUCAACUCUCUUACCGGCGAUAAACUCGACGCCAGUUAUGAAUGUAUCGCAGAUUGCGGUCGGUUUGUAGAGAUCGGCAAAUUUGACCUCCAAAUGAACAAACAGUUGGGAAUGUUUUCAUUCCUCAGAGAUAUCUCUUUCAUCGGUGUUUCGGUCGAUCAGAAACUUUAUAUGAAGAGAGGUUUCGUUAUCCGCUUCUUUGAAUGGAUGCAUAAAAACUGUGACAACGGAAUGAUUAAACCAAUCAAUCAAAAUGUGUUUAAAGCCGAAGAGGCAGAGAAGGCGUUCAGAUUCAUGACAACCGGUAAACACAUCGGAAAGAUUGUGAUCAGAACUCGUGAAGAAGAAAGCAAUAAGAAUGCAAAGAGUGGUUUCACUCCGACUAAGAAACUAGUGGUCACUCGAAAGACAUAUUUCAAUCCAAACAAGACUUAUAUCAUAACCGGAGGUUUGGGUGGAUUUGGUUUGGAGUUCAUUCAUUGGAUGAUGUUUUUGGGCGCCCGAAAAUUUGUGUUGACCUCAAGACAUGGCGUAAAAACUGAUUACCAAAAGUUUAUUUUGAGACGUUUGGCGUCUUUGGGCGGAAACCUGAAGCAGUUCGCGACAAAAGUUGUCGUUUCGACUCACGAUUGCAACACAAGUGACGGAACAAAGAAACUUUUAGCCGACGCUCAGAAUUUGGCUCCAAUCGGAGGGGUCUUUCAUUUGGCUCUCGUUCUCAAUGACUGUCUUCUUGAGAAUCAAACGUACGAUAAAUUCCAGGAAACCAUUGAUUCAAAGACUAAAGCGUUUGAGAAUUUGGAUAAAAUAAGUCGUGAAUUGAGUAUAGAUUUGGACUAUUUUGUAGUCUUUUCUUCUGUCGCUUGUGGUAAAGGAAACGCCGGGCAAUCAAACUAUGGUUUCGCGAACUCUGUUUGUGAACGCAUUUGUGAGUCCAGACGAAGAGACGGAUUGCAUGGUUUGGCCAUUCAAUGGGGACCUAUCGGUGACGUCGGAGUAUUGGCUGAUUCAGAGAUCAACACCUCUUUGGCAGCAGUUGUUAAACAGAGAAUCAACUCUUGUUUGGAA